AUGGAUCCGAUAAAGUAUAUAUUCGAAAAGCCUGCCGUUACUGGUAGAAUCGCUCGGUGGCAAAUGUUGUUAACCGAGUACGAUAUACAGUAUGUGACCCAAAAACCAAUAAAAGGGAGUGUUCUAUCUAACUAUCUCGCUCACCUGCCUGUCAAAGGUUACCAACCUUUGAGGUUUAACUUUCCAAAUGAAGACAUCAUGUUUAUCAGAGACUUCACUAUGCCAGGCUUCGAGGUAAGCCCUGAGGAAGGCCCCAAACUAGGAUCGCGAUGGACGCUCAUGUUCGACGGUACUUCCAAUGCUCGAGGUCAUGGUAUAGGUGAUGUUAUCACUUCUCUAACUGGUUUCCACCUUUCCUUUACCGCUAGAUUGUGUUUUGACUGCACUAACAACAUGGCGAAAUAUGAAGCAUGUAUCUACGGUUUAGAGGCGGAAAUCGACUUGAGAAUCAAGAUUCUUGAGGUAUUCGGUGAUUCAGCUCUGGUAACCAAUCAGGUGAAAGGAGAUUGGGAGACUCAGGAUAGCAAGUUGAUACCUUAUAAAGAGCAUAUCAGAAAACUGAUACCCUAUUUUGAUGAAAUCUCUAUCCACCAUAUUUCUAGGGAAGAAAAUCAGUUAGCAGACGCUCUAGCCACGUUAGCAUCUAUGUUCAAAGUCUAA